UAAACGGAUAUGAUAAACCAGCGCUGAAUGCUCCGGAGCAGCGACAACAGUCAGAUCUGACCAUGGCGGAAGAGGACGACGCGAGGAUUCGGAUUUUACAGAGCCUGCGGGGUAAAAUAUGUGAAGCAAAGAACCUGGGUCCAGUCUCGGGUCCAAAUCGACAAAGGGAUCUCUGCACCUUUUGCACCAUAAGCCUGGAUCAAGAGGAAGUGUUCCGCACCAAGGUGUUUGACAAAAGUGUCAGCCCUUUCUAUGGAGAGGACUUCUACUUUGAGAUCCCACGUCCGUUUCAGUGUUUAUCCUUCUAUGUUUAUGCCAAGAGCGUUUUCCAAAGGGAACAACCUGUUGGCAAGGUGUCGAUCCGGAAGGAUGACCUGUGUAAAUACAGUGGGAAGGAGCACUGGUUUAGUCUUCACCCAGUAGAUCCCAACUCAGAAGUUCAGGGUAAGGUUCACUUGGAAAUGCGAUCGAAUGAAGUGAUCACAGAGAACGGCUCUGUAGGUCAACACUUACUAGUUCGGAUCAUAGAGUGCCAAGGACUGCCUUUGAUAAGUGGGCAGAACUGUGACCCCUAUGCCACCGUGUCACUGGUUGGACCUGCCAGGUCUGACCAAAAGAAGACAAAGGUAAAGAAGAAAACCAGCAACCCUCACUUUGAAGAGACAUUCUCCUUUGAGGUCACACGGUCCAGCAGUUACUCUAAAAAGUCACAUUUUCAAGUAGAGGAGGAGGACAUUGAAAAACUUGAGAUCAAAGUUGACCUGUGGAACAAUGAGAAUCUGGCUCAGGAUGUGUUUCUUGGGGAGACGCGGGUCCCUGUCAAGAUCCUAAGAAAUGACCACAUCCACAAAGCUUGGUAUCUCCUCCAGCCAAAAGGGAACGGCAGCAAGUCCAAGUCUGAUGAUUUGGGAUCCUUGCGUUUGAAGCUGACCUACAUAGAAGACACGGUGCUGCCAUCUGCCUGCUACACACCACUCUGCAACCUGCUGCUCAAAUCCCCAGAUGUGAAGCCCAUCUCAGCGUCGGCAGCACACAUCUUGGGGGACAUCUACAGAGAGCGAUACGAGGCCGUGCUGCCCAUGGUUCGAUUGCUGCUCCACCACAAUCGCUUUGUGCCUUUUGUCUCUGCUGUGGCAGCACUAGAGCUGGACAACACUCAGGAGGCUAACACUAUAUUCCGUGGCAACUCACUUGCAACACGCUGCAUUGAUGACAUGAUGAAGAUUGUGGGAAAGAAUUACCUGGUGGUUACCCUGAAGCCUGUAAUCGAUGAGAUCUGUGAAUCCAACAAAACAUGUGAGAUAGACCCCAUUAAACUAAAGGAAGGAGACAACGUAGAGAUCAACAAGGAAAACUUGCAGGGUUAUGUCCAGAAAGUCUUUUCCUCCAUCACCCAGUCCAGUUCCAGCUGUCCCCCACUUAUGUGUGAUGUCUUCAGGUCUCUGAGACACUUGGCCUGCAGACGCUUCCCAGGUGACCCGCAUGUUCAGUACUCAGCCGUUAGCAGUUUUGUGUUCCUGCGGUUCUUCGCUGUCGCUGUUCUUUCACCACAAUCCUUCCAACUUCGUUCCCACCAUCCUGAUCCUGAGAUUUCGCGCACACUCACACUCAUCUCGAAAACAAUCCAGACUCUGGGCAGCUGGGGUAGUUUGUCAAAAAAACUGUCUAGUUUCAAAGAAACCUAUAUGUAUGACUUCUACAAAUCAUUCCAGGAAGACAAAUGUAUCGAGAAAGUUAAAAAGUUUCUUGAUGAGAUCUCCUCUAAUGUCAGCAAGGAGUCCAGUGGGCUACAUGAUGCAGUGGUUCUCAAGGAGGGGGAGGUACAGAAACGUGCCCAGGGGAAAAAACGUCUCGGCAAGAAAAACUUUAAGAAGAGAUGGCUCAGAGUGACCAACAGGGAGCUCUCCUACCAUAAACAUAAAGGGAAAGAGGCCCUUUGCAUCAUCAGUGUCAAAAAUAUCCAGGCAGUGGAGAAACUGGAUGAAGGUGCCUUUAACCGCAAAAAUAUGUUUCAGGUGGUCCACUCUGAGAAGCUCCUAUAUGUGCAAGCGGGAAACUGUGUAGAGGCCAGUGAGUGGUUGGAGGUCCUGGGCCAGGUCAGUCGGUGCAAUGAAGGACGUCUGGCCACCUUCCAUCCAUCCAAUUACACCAGUGGAGCCUGGCAGUGCUGCAGAAGCCAGAGUAACAAUGCACCCGGGUGUAAGCCCUGCACAACCACCAUGCUGGCCAACCUGCAGCUGGACAUUGACUGUGACCGGGAGACAGAGAGAAUUUUCUCCCUCCUCUCCUCGAACGACACCAAGCUCCAGAACAUGGAGGAUGCAUGUGCCAGCAUGGCAGUGUACCAAGGCCCUCAACGGGAGCAGGAGGAGCACUCCAAGUUCACCAUUCAGGAACCCAAAGAGACGUUUCAGACACUCAAACAGCUCCGUAACAUCAUGGAGGAACUUCAGAAGCAGCACAACAUCAGGAGUGACACCAUGGCGCAGUACGGGAGCCUGGACAACCCCAUAGUAGGAAAAACCUCUUAACCAGGGCGAGGAGGUGUGGCCUGAAACAGCCAUGCCAGCAGGGGUAUAUACACACAGACACAACCUAAACACUGUCCUAAAGAAGCCUCGGGAGUUGUUCCAGUGAGAGAACAAAUGUGUCCAUGAGAAGAACGAGUGAUCCACCCUGACCUCGAGACACCAAAAGUCCACUACAGCAGUGAAAGAACAAGAAGGAGAACCAGAAUGAGCUUGUGAGCUCUUCUGGGCUCUCCCCGGCCGAAAUGAACAAACACACAGGUCAUUCUCAUUGGCAGUACGUUGCCUCAUCUCCUCCCCUUCUGUGCAUUGCAGAUCCCUUACAAAGACACUUUUUUCCUUGUCUUAAUUUAUGUCCUCUUUUACGUCUAUAGCUGUGUGGAAAAGGCAUCAUUAUCUGGUGUGUGAAUAGGCUGCUAAUUUUUUUUAUUCACCUGGUUUUAUAUUAAUAGCUGUGAUGAUGCUCUCCCAGUCUUUUAAGGUUUUGCUCUGACAUCUGUCUUUAGAGUUGAUUGAUAAUUUUUCUGGAAGCUCAACCUUUAUUUGUGACUCUUUUUGUCUUUCUCUUCUCUUUAGUGUCCUUCCUCUUCUGAACAAAUGUGUAUAUAUAUUUUCACAGGAUAGUUAAGUAGGUAAAACCAACUUGCCUUAUUUUGAUGGAUGUUUCUUUCACAUUAAAUGCUGAGGGAAUAAUGCAGAAGCACUUUAAAUAUUUGGAGCACUCCAAAUGGAAAUGAUUAGAUACUUGGUAUCAGCUUUCCCCAUUUUGAUCAGUUACAUGAUCUUGAGUACAUUUAUGUUUCGUUCCUGUAUAAUAACAUUUAUAGCUUGUAGAUUUUAAGAUAUUUUUCGACCAAAGACAAUUUUGUAGGUUUGACUUGAAAAAAAAAUAAUUAAUGUAUUUUGAAUACAAAUGUUUUAAAAAUGGAUACAAAUUCUAUAUGUAUUUGGUUUCUGUUCAUGUUUUUGCUGACAUAUCCUUUACUUUUUAGUGAUUUAAGGCAAGCAGACUGCAUGUGUUCAGUUUUGAAUCCUGAUAGCACAUGACUGGUAUAGAGUUGUAUUUCCCUGUGAUUGUGAAUUGUAUUGGUACGGUGUACAUCAGAUCUGUACUGUCAUCUUGAGAGCGUCGCAACAUAUCUGUAGUGGCUUAUGUAAGCAAUGAUGUAGAGGAAUCAGAAUAACGAAUUACUCCCAUCAUAACUAAAUUAGUCCAGCAAUCAGCGAACACAUUUUGUCUUUUUUUUUGGUUUACUUCUCCAAACCAGCAGCACUCCACAGCUCCAGCUCAUAUAUUUUGUUGAACUUCUGAGGUUUUAGAGAAUUUGUUCAAACUGUGGCUGUGACUUUAGGUUUAAAAGUUAUAUUUUUAUCUUUUCCACAGCUUUUAGUGACAGCACUCCACUGCCAGAACAAUCAAGAAAAGAAUGUGUAGAAAAUUAAAGAGGCCAUAUUUAUGCUCCUAUACAGGUUCCGACCUUUAAUUUGGGAAUUUGCUAGAAUAGGUUUACAUGGUUUCACAUUCAGACAACACAUUUUUCUCAUAGUGUGCGCUGCUGCAGCAACGCUAUUCACUGUCUGUCUGAAAUGCUCAGUUUUAGCUCCACUGUCCUCAAGGCUUCGAUCCCAACAAGCCCAGUCUGUCUGAUUCGUCAGUUCCCACAGGCCUUAGCAGGUACUAUCUGCCAGUUCUCCAGUCAGUUCUGCUGGUUUCAUACAGCCAGGCUAUUUCACCACAGUAACCAUGUCUAAACCAAACCAUGCCAAGCAAGUGAAUAGCUGCAUUUCCUUUAACACAUUGCUGUAUUGUUAUCCCCAAGGCAUAAAAAAGUGAAAAGAUAAAUUUAUAUACAGCAUCACACACACCCAAGCAGGCUGCUUUGUUACAACACAGCUAACAUUAUCUGGGAUAGCAUCGCAUCAUUAAAAAACAGUUACUGGCAUCCAACCAACUUGUCUUAUUAUUUAGUUGUCUUUGAGUGUCUUCAGCAUUUACGGUUUGUCUUGACUGUCCCUCAGUAUUGCACUGGUCCAACAUCGCCCCAGACUGUGGAAAUAGCCUGUAGAAGUUAGAUGCUACAUUUGUAAGUAACAUACGACAUUAGCACCAAGUAUAACAGGCUAAUCUACAGAAUAAACGGCAAAAUUAUAGCUUCCAAUUUUGCAGUUCUGUUACCAGCCCUUUUCACAAAGCAGUCUGGAGGGGUAGGAUGUACAUACGUUUCCCAGUCUUACGCAAGUAACAGAAGGAAAGGCUGGACUACAAAGAGGGUGUUUCAGGCAGUUCAAAUUUCUGUAGCAGAUAAUAGCUCCAUUUAGCAUCAGCUUUGGGCUUUCUAACUUAACAGAUGUUUUACAUGUACCAGAAAUCUUCAUAUGGUACAAAAAAGGGAAAAACACAAAAAGCAUCAUAUGGCCUCUUUGAAAAAACAAAUUGAUACAUUAUCGCACUCUAUGUGACUCAUCCUUUACACAUUUUUGUCCUGUUAAUCAUAUCUUGCAUUACAAAUGCUUAUCACAAGUCAUCAGCGCCCAGUAUGACGACAUGCUUAGGAUUAGGGUUAGGGUUAGGACAGUAUGUUUAGGAUUUUUUUCCCAGUCGGUCCAACAGAAAUAUAAGUGUUCAGUUUAUUAUAGGGAACUGAUACAAACAGCCAAAUCUUCUAUAUUUUUAGCUCUAACCAGCAAUUUUUCAACAUUUUACAGGUUAUUUUUCUAGCUGUCAACUUAUGGAUUAAUCAACAAAUCGUUCUUGCACUGGAGAAAACUGAUGAACAAUCAGACUUUGAUUCAGUCCUCUUCUUGUCAUUUUUGCUUUCUUUCAUUUGCCCAUUUGAACAAUGAAGUGUUGAAAAUUUACAAAAGAAACUUGAAUUUAAUUUAACAACAGCAGUUGAACAUUUAAUGCUGAUAAUGCAGGGUUAAUUGUGUAAUUUUCUUGUGGUUCUUAUGGUUGUUUUCAGAAAUUUUGUCUUUGGUCCAUCAUAUAUUUCUAACAUGCAUGUCUUGUGUAUUUAACAAUAUAUUUUUCUAGGAAAAUAUUUUGUACUUUUUAUUUUAAACACUGAUUUAUUGUGUUGCUAUACUUGUACGGUACCUUGUACUUUGCAGCGCUUCUUGCCGAUGUCUGCUCUUGUUUUUGUCCCUGAGUGUUCCCUUUAUUUACUGUGUGUGGUUGUCGCUGCCACCAUACCUCCAUUUGCUAAUAGCUUAACGCAGUGUUAUUGAAGUGAAUAUUGUGUGUAAUGUUCCACGAGCCGCAGCUGACAAUGACAAUGUUCACAUGCAGGCUGUAAGUGAGUGAACUGGAGCCAAAACACAACUCCAAAAUGAUUUAUUUUAAGAAAUUGAUCAUUGGAUGGACUUUGCCUGUGCUUGGGAAAAUGGACCAAAUCUCAACUGUAAGUGGAAAUGAAUCUUCACUAAUCACAGCUUAAAGUUAUUGUUUGUGUACUUCAUAAGCUUGCAUGUCAACUCCAUUGUCAAUUUGUAGUAAGGGCCAGUAAACUAACAGUGGAUUUUGCUCAUUUCCGUAUAAAGGUGAACGUUUGGGGGUUUUUAUUUCCACCCUUUGUUCCUAAAUAUAUAUUUUACAAAGGGAAUUUUUCUCCAGUUGUUUUGCCAUGUCUGCAUAUUGUCAUAAAAUAAAAGUUAUGUCAGGAUGUGGGUGAGAUGCAUGUAGAAAUGCAUGCAUUGGCCUGCUGGUGGUUUAAGUGCAUUGAAGACAAGUCUUCACUUUUACAUGUUGGAUUGGGGCCAAUUUCAUUUCAUAAUUAAGUACCAAACUUUAUAUUUUUAUUCAUAUUUGUUUUGAACUAUCGUAGAAAUCAUCUUUGUUAAGGUAGUAGCCAACAUGCACAUCUGAUUUGUGUUUCUGUGCUCUUCAUAUUCAUUACAAAAAUUAGGGAAACGUCUUAAGUAUAUGCAAGAACAGUCACUGAUUUCUGAGUCUGUAAACCCAAGUUUACUUUCAAAGCAGCCUGACAACAAUAUAGAAAGGCAUAAAAUGUUGUGGUCCUGUCAGUCAAUCCACGUCUGUUCUGUAAGAGUCGUAACAGAGCAUGAGUGCAGCAAACAAUCACAGGAUGUUCUUCUAAAAUCUGAAGGCUUCUGUGGUCGCAGACAGUGAAAUAGAGCUCAGUGAAUGUCUCCGCUGCCUGAGUACAAUGUCUGUUCCUUUUUUAUACACAUUUAAUAUUUUGUUUUCAAACGUGUUCUUGAAACAAUUGACAAUAAACACUUUGCCAGUG